AUGGCCGCAGCAGCUGCGGUUCCAGCUCCUGUUUCAGCCCAUCAAGGGAGCCAUUUAGCGGUGAACACUCCAGCUGCUGCUGCUUCUGCUGCUGCUACUGCUGCUGCUGCGUGGCCAGGCACUGUGCCAAGUGCGGCGACUUCGCAGUCCCCUCCUGUUCAUGGUCUCGCCCAAGAGGAGCUGCUGCUCGUGAGACCAGCGCAAGCAGCACUGACACACCCUAUCAGUGCAAGAGGAGCAGGUUCUGCUGGACUCCUGGUUCCUAGUGGUAACAUUCAAGCAAUGCAUGGUGGAACGCUGUUUGAAGCGCCUCGAGAAGCUCCGAUACACACGGCAGGAGGCCACACCCACAAUGGAACCCUGUUGUCUCCCAGAGGGAACACCCUAGCAGCAACGCAUGAUGGAAUGCUGUGUGAUAUGAUUCUGUCGGGGAGAUUUGAAGCCAAGGGCUCGUCCAGCUGGUGCAAUGAAGAUCUGAUUGCUGAAGCCCUGGCCAUGCGGGCUCGGGUAAGGCAGCGCUUGGUGGGUGAAGGACCGGGUACCAAACGCCCUGACAGCAGUACGGGUACAGGCUCACUGAUUGCAGCAACCAGCACUACCAGUGAGAGUGGUGGCAGUGCUCGGGUGGUGUCUGCAACGUACCCGAGGGCGAGUGCUUGUUUGGUUGAUGCGCCUGGUUUCUCCCUAUCUGCUCCUGUCAUUGCCGGCUCUGCUGCUGUGAACCCUCCACCUGCUGCUGCUGCUGCUGCUGCUGCUGCUGAAAUGGUUUCAAGAGGGGCAGCUGAACCAGCUCAGUUUGCACAUUCAACCUGGACGAACAAGGGUGGCAGUAAAAGGCAGAUCUUGGAGCAGCUGCCUUGUCGUAGCAAAAGCACUACGGAGAAGCUCAGAAGACACCGAGUCAGCGACGGAUUCAAACGGCUGGCAAAGGCCAUCCCUGCAUCGUGGAUGCGUCAGAAGCAAUUAAAGAACUUCUCUUCUCGAACUGACAUGGCUUCAUUGUUGCAUAUCGCAGUGGAGUUCAUAAAAGAUCUUCAGGAGCAGAAAGGACCUUCUCCUGCCGCCCAGCCCGACUGCUCCCUCUCCAUUCACAUGGCGACAGCUGUCAUGCUGCGAGAGGGUGCCAGCCUGGCAGCCUGCACGCUAUUGGUCGAAACCGGGCGGCUGACUGUGGCGUUUGGGGCGGCAGUAACGGCCAAGGGGCUGGCAGCAAAGGCGCCGGAUCAGACCAGCGGCACACCGACCGAUGGGAAGGGAUCGGGCGGCGGGUACGGUGGGCGGGGAGCGUCGUGUAGCGUGAACAGUGCCAGGCAGAGGAGCAUGAACAGUGAUAAUGCGGGCGGCAGGGGCGACAGGUUCGACAGGAGCGGAAGGAACAGCGCCAGGGGGGAGAACACCGGGGGAAACGGAUUGGGGGCAGAGGCGGAGUCAUGGGGGGGAGAUGCUUAUGCCUGGUCUACCCUCACUGAUCCCUGGAAAACGGGUAGCAAGGGGGGCGCGUUGGGGGAGGCGGACGGAGGGGGCCUGGGGGGAGGGCGGGUGCGGAUCGUGGUGCGGGGGGAGGUGGUGGUGGAGGGGCGGAUAGACGCGGAUGGGGGGGAUGCGCGCACUGGCAGUGGCAGUGUGUCCGCUUCAAUGCCUCUUCAAUGUAAGUCCGCUCUCUCUUCCCUCCCCACUCCCCCUCCCCAUUUCCCCCUCCCCACUCCCCCUCCCCAUUUCCCCCUCGCCACUUCCUCCUCCCCGUUAUCUCCUCCACCUUAUCCCCUCCGCCUUCUCCCCUCCCUCCCUCCCUCUCACUCCUUUUCCCUCGUUUCCCUCUCUAAUGCAAUACAGCUUCUUGGCUCUUUCUCUUCCCCCCCCUUAACCUCUCCACCCCUCCGCUCCCCCUUCUCUCCCCUGCUUCCCCCGCUUUCUCCCCCACACAACACCAGCCAAGGCACUGGGCGGAUCUGCGCCAAUGGGGGGAAGGGGCACGGGGGAGGCGCGGGGGGGCGCGUAGCCAUCCAAUACCAGGGCCCCCCAUCCUCCCGCUCCUCCCCCUCCCCUUCCCCUUCCCCCUCCGCCUCCCUCUCCCCCACCCUAACCAUCCAAGCCACUGGGGGAACCAGUGAGGCAUGCCCUUAUAACGCAGGCUCAGCCGGAACAGUCUUCAACUGGGCCAAACAAACCCUCGUUAUAGGAAACUCCAACCAGCCCUCGCACACCUUCACACCGCUCUUCACCGUGCCGCUGUACCCCUACUGGGACGGAAUCAUAGUGGAAGGGGGGGCCAAAGUCGUCGCUCUCACCCGGAACUUUCGCCUGCGAAUCCGAUCCUGCGUGUGGUUCCGGGAAGGUUCCAAUGUGCUGUUUGGGAGCAGCACGGGGGGAGGGGGAGGGGGAGGGGGAGGGGGCGGAGGGGGGGAUCAGCCGGCGCCAUCUCCACCGUUGGAUCCUGACGAGGCGGAGGUGGAGGUGGUGGUGGCGAAUCUGACGCUCACGAACGCGACUCUGGAGGUGUAUGGGACGAUCAAGGUGUUUGCCUCGCACUUCAACCUGCACUCCUCCUCCUCUCUUCGCAUACACCAGCUCGCUGGUGCUGCUGCUGGUGCUGCUGCUGCUGCUGCUGCUGGCACGGUUCGCCAGCUCAGUGGUGGUGAUGGCAGCGGUAGCAGCAACGGCAGUGGUGGCAGUGAGAGUGGCAGAACUAGCAGUAGCAGCAGCAAGGGGAGGCGAGGGGCCAACGGGAGGAAACCGCAUAAGAGCGGAUUAUCCAUGGGAUUUUCAAGCAUUGAUGGCAACUACCUCUCCCUCACGGUAUGA